CACCUCCUUCCUUUUUCUGUCACCACCCCUUUCUUUCUCUUUUUCUCAAAGCAAACCCCUUUCCCUCGUUUUUUUCUAGAGAGAGAAACUACUCAUACAAUUUUUGAGGUUGUUCAUAAUUUUCAAGCUCCGAGGAUUGGUUCCUUAUUUUCGUCGAAGUGUUUUUUCAUUUUGUUUCUUUGUUCGGUAUUGUUCAGUGCAGUUGAAUAAUUUCUCAGAAAGUAUUUGGCGCAUUUUCGGUGCUUACCUCAUGGGAAACAGUGAGGAUGGGAAAUCCAUUAAGAUUGAAAAGCCUUCUUCACCUGUAACAACUGAUCAGAUCAAUCAAACCAACCAGCAUAACAUUCAUGUCUAUCCUGAUUGGGCUGCCAUGCAGGCAUAUUAUGGGCAAAGAGUCAACAUUCCACCAUACUUCAACUCAACUGUUGCUUCUGGUCAUGCUCCUCACCCAUACAUGUGGGGACCGCCACAGCCUAUGGUUCAUCCAUAUGGGCCGCCUUAUGCAUCAUUUUAUCCACAUGGAGGGGUUUAUACUCACCCUGCGGUUGCCGUCGGGCCAAAUUCACAUGGUCAAGGAAUUCCAUCUUCACCUGCUGCUGGGACUCCUUCAAGCAUAGAGACACCAACCAAAUCAUCUGGAAACACUGAUCAUGGUUUAAUGAAAAAAUUGAAAGGAUUUGACGGGCUUGCGAUGUCAAUAGGCAACGGCAAUGCUGAGAGUGCUGAGCGUGGAGCGGAAAAUAGGCUAUCACGGAGUGUGGAUACUGAGGGUUCCAGCGAUGGAAGUGAUGGCAACACUACUGGGGUGAGAAAUUUCUUGCUAUUAUCGCUUUUUUUCUCAAUUGUGUACGCUAAUAGUCUAUCUUAUUUAAAAUGGUGUAAAAUAUUGAAGCAUGAAAAUGUUUGCCAAUGUUAUGCACAGACCAAUGGAACGAGGAAAAGGAGCCGGGAUGGAACACCAACAACCACAGAUGGAGAAGGGAAAACUGAGAUGCAAGAUAGUCCGGUUUCCAAAGAGAAUGCAGCUUUCAAAAAGACGCUAUCAGUUGCUCCAGCCAGUGUUGCAGAAAAGAUUGUUGGACCUAUACUUUCUUCAGGUAUGACCACAGCACUCGAGCUGAGGAACCCUUCCACCAUUUCCGCCGCUGCUGCACAACCUUGUGGAGUUUUGCCUCCGGAAGUUUGGAUGCAGAAUGAGCGUGAGCUGAAACGUGAGAAGAGGAAACAAUCAAACCGUGAAUCUGCUAGAAGGUCCAGGUUGAGGAAGCAGGCCGAGGCUGAAGAACUGGCACGAAGAGUUGAUGCAUUGACUUCUGAGAAUUUGUUGCUGAAAUCAGAAAUGAAUGAAUUGGCUCAAAACUCUGAGAAGCUGAAGAUGGAAAAUGCUACAUUAAAGGAAAAGCUGAAAAACACUCAACUGGGACAAACAGAAGAGAUAAUUUUGAACAACAUUGACAAUAGAGCUACACCUGUAAGUACAGAAAACUUACUAUCAAGAGUUAACAAUUCCAAUUCUGAUGAUAGAACUGCAGAAGAAGAGAAUGGUUUCUGUGAGAACAAACCAAAUUCAGGUGCAAAGCUGCAUCAACUACUUGAUACAAAUCCUAGAGCUAAUGCUGUUGCAGCUAGUUGAAAAUGAAAACCAAUAUUUUCACUGGUUUUUGUUGAUUAUGUAGUUUUGGCAUAUUAUUACAAGUCCAAAAUUACUGCUAACAGUUUUCAAAUGGAUGGAUAAGUUGAAUUUUAAGUUCUAAUUCCAUCAAGGCCAGAACUAAUUUAUUACUUUUCAGUUUUUUAGGACAUAAAACUAUGUAAUUUGUUUAGAUUUUAUAGGAAUGGGUGACAACUUUAUAAGUUUGUAUAUUGAAGAGAAUUAGGAGAUUUAGUUUAUAGACUUUAAAAAAAAGGGUUGUGGUUGAAAUUUGAUAUAUGAUUUGGUUGUGUAUUAAUGAUUGGUAUGAACCUUAUAGUAUCCAAGUAAAAGGUAUUAUGACUUUUUUGUUGGUUUAA